AUGUCUCACUUCGCACUCUUUCCUCAUCACGAUGAUGAUGAUCUCUGCCUUACUCUCCAUUUCUUCAAGAGAAACUUUGAAGUGCUAUUUAUACACAAAUAUAGUGGGAGAAUGAAUCUUGACACAAUAAUUCUUGGCAGUUUAAGUUACUUUCUGUCAAGUGCAUUCAUAUUGUAUACUCAACAUCUUACAAAAGGAUUGAUGGGGCCUGAACUAGAUUUAAAGUGGUCUGGAGUGAUGUUAUUUCUAGUAGGGAUUUCUGGCAACUUCUAUCACCAUUACCUUCUUUCUAAACUCAUAGGUGAUGAAAACAAAAGCAAAGAAUACAAGAUUCCAAGAGAAAGUUUAUUUGAUUUGAUAAUAUGCCCACAUUACCUUUUUAAGAUUUUAGAACUCCUGAAAAUCUCUUGAAUUUUUCAGACUUUAUAUGUUUCUUAUUUUUGCAUGAGCAGUGUUCUUCACUUGAUGGUAAAGAGUUAUAACACUAGAAGAUGGUAUCUCUCUAAAUUUGAUAAUUUUCCGAAGGAUAUUAAGGCCCUUAUUCCCUACGUAUUCUAA